AUGGGUCGCCGGGCGCUCCUUCUGCUCCUGCCGCCGGUGCUGGUCGCGCUGGGCGGCCUCGAGGGCUCCGGGGCCGGUGAAGCACAGUGCCACCUGACCAGGCAAGCUGUGUGCGGUGACAGAUGCAUUCCGGUGGCCUGGCUCUGCAAUGGGGAGCUGGAGUGCCCCGACGGGACCGACGAGCAGUGUGAGGACGUAUGUCACGGGCAUCCGGGAGCCUGGCAGUGUGAUGAUGGGAAAUGCAUUUCCCUCAGCUGGCUUUGUGACGGUGUCGGUGACUGCCCCGAUGGCUCCGAUGAGGUCAGCUGUGAGAGAGUGGCAGCAUGUCCAGACCAACAAAUCCAGUGUCCAGGAACUUCCGAGUGCCGCGAUGCUUGGGAAGCCUGUGAUGGCCAUGAGGCCAGUCCUCGAGACCCUUGUCUGGCCGGGCAGUGGCAGUGCAAGAACAAGCUGUGUGUCAUGGAGAGCUGGAAGUGUGACGGCGUCAACAACUGUGGUGACUCCUCGGACGAGGAGGUCUGUGCUUCCUGUCCAGAAGGCAUGGUUAGAUGUGAUCAGGGGAAAUGCAUCCUGGAGUCCCUGGUGUGUGAUGGGGAAGCAGCCUGUGCAGACGGAUCUGAUGAGCCCACCACAUGUGGUAAAAACUGCUCUCUGGCCAACGGGGGCUGCGAGGGCCAGUGCAGGGACACCAACUGGGGUGUCCGGUGUUCCUGCGGAACCGGAUGGCAGCUGCAGCCGGACGGCCAGAGCUGCGGAGAUGUAGAUGAGUGCUCUCUGGCAUACAGUCCUUGCGACCAGCUGUGUCAUAAUACCCCAGGCUCUUACUCCUGUGGGUGUAUUCAAGGUUACCAGCUCCACAAUGGCACUGCCUGUCAAGUUACAGAUGGUGCUGUUAGAAUUCUUAUAGCAGCAGACAAAGAGCUUGGUGUCCUGGAUCAAAGAACAGGCAUCUAUGAAACUCUGAUACCUGUCACAUCAAAGCCUACUUCUGUUGCAUAUGAUCUUGAGAGAAGCAUGUACUUUUGGGUAGAUGAAGUCUUAAAUGUGUUUGUCCUUGGAAAGCCAAACUCUGUUCCUCUCUAUCCAGAACUUAAAACAGUGAACAGUAUCUCUUUGGACUGGUUCACGGGACAGCUGUAUUGGGCGAGCAGCUUUGCAAGGGUCAUCUGUGCUGGUUUAAAUGAUGGCAGAGGCUACGUCAGAAUCCUGGAAAAGGAUCUUGUGCCCGAGCAGCUAAUUGUGUUUCCUGCAAAGAAGUACUUGUAUUGGGUGAAUCAAGGCCAGAGAGGCAUGAGCACCAUUGACACGGCAGGGAUGGAUGGCUCGGACAGGAAGGUGCUUGCGGUUGUAAACAUGGAGCAGCCUGUAGGGUUGACACUUGACCACGUGACUGGCAGGCUCUACUGGAUCAGCAAAUAUAAAGAGUCCAUAGAGACGGUGAACGUGGACGGCAGUGGCAGGCACUCCUUUCCUGAGAUCUUGGAAGAUGAAGAUCCAGUAGGACUAGCUGUAUUUGCGAACUCUUUCUUCUGGGCAAAUAAAAUGCAGCUGCUUCAUGCUUCACCCCGCACCCCCAAGGAGAGAGCGGUGCUGCUGAACAUUUCCGUAGCUGCUUUCUCCGUCCUCCACGAGUCCCAACAGCCCAGGAGCAGACCCCCAGCAUGUGCUCCAGGUUCUUGUAGCCACUUGUGUCUCCUGUCCCCCGUCCAUCCCAAGGGCUAUAAGUGUGUUUGUCCAGAGGGAAUGUCUCUUUUGCCGUCUGGCACAUGUAGCGACUUAAAACUAGUGUUUUCCUCUGGCAAACAUCUCUACUUGUUGAAAGUUGGUUUUAUGGGAACUGCGAUAGAGAGAACCCUAGUUCAAGAGCACCCGAGAAACAUUUAUCUACUGGAUAUUGACUGGAAAAGAAACCUCAUCUACUGGACAAGUGCCCAGGGACGUCUGUUCUGCUCAACUGGCUACUCAGGAGAAAAGCAAGCAAUUUGGACAGAGCGUGCAGUCUGCUCAGCAAAUGUGGACAUACCCACUGGGAACUUGUUCUGGCUGCCCUGUGACAGAGGUGCUAUUCAGAAGACUAGAAUCACUGGCCCAGACACACAUACCCUCUACAGAACGGGCAACAUUAUACUUCAUCUUCUUCUCGAUUGGCCGAAGAGGGUGCUCUACUGGGUAGAAAGUGGGAAACACUUGCAAAGUAUGACUCUUGAUGGCAAAAACAGACAGGACGUCUGGAGGGGCGCCUGGAUGGCAGACACCCGCAUGGCCUUGGACCUGGGCUCCUCCAGCAUCCUCUGGACUACCAAAGGGCGAGGGUUGCAAAGUCUAAGUCUCCUCAAAAAUAGGACCUAUACUUUGAACAAGACCUGGAGCGACGGCAUGAUAGCCGCCCACGAGCCCUACCUGGUGACGAUGAAUGGAACAGCCCUUGUGCUCUGGAACCGGAGGACGCUCGAGCCCCUCUCGGAGUUCAGAGAGCCACACGUCCGGAAAAUGAUCGUCCUGGCAGAGAACCAAGAGGUACCAGAUCCCGGGGCUGGAGGAGCAGCCGCAGUCACCCCUCCUACUCUCCCUCCGCCGCCCCCUCUGCUCUGCACCCGGUCCUCCGUCCCCUGCCGGAACGGGGAGGGAUGCAUUUCUCGGGAGCACCUCUGCGACGGUGGGCGUGACUGUCCGGAUGGCUCCGAUGAAGAGAACUGUUCCCAUCUGUGCAACACACCAGGGGUCUUCCGGUGUCUGGAUGGAAGCAGGUGCAUUGAGGCGAGAUUCCACUGUGACGGGGCCCGGCAGUGCGUGGAUGGGUCUGACGAGCUGGACUGCUGGCAGCCCACGGAAGACUGUUCCCUGCGCUGUGACAAGGCGACACGCUGCAUCCCGAAGAGCUGGCUGUGUGACGGCAACCCAGACUGUUCUGACGAAAAGGAUGAGCAAGGGUGCAUUCACGAGAAAUGCGGCAUAUCUGAGUUUAGAUGUAGCAAUGGUCAAUGCGUGUCUUCUUCUCUGCACUGUGACGGGAACCGGGACUGCCUGGACCACUCGGAUGAAGAAGGCUGUCCUGCUGCCUGGCCCCUGCGGUGCCCGUCGGGGGAGGUGCGGUGCCCGAGGAGUGGAGAAUGUGUGUUGGCGGAGUGGAUUUGUGACCAUGACUUAGACUGCAAAGAUGGAAGCGAUGAGAAGGACUGCCAUCCCCAGGAGCUCCGGUGCGGCCCCAGGCAGUGGUCCUGUGCCAGCGCGGACCAGUGUGUGCCUGCCGCGUGGCACUGCGACGGGCAGCGGGACUGCAGGGACGGCAGCGACGAGGCCGGGUGCGCCCCCGAGACGUGCGGCAGUGCCGAGUUCCAGUGCCGCCCCUCCGCCUGCCUCAACCUCAGCCGGGUGUGCGACGGGAAGGAGGACUGUGCCGACGGCUCGGACGAAGGGGGACAGUGCUCGGCAGCAUGCAGCCAGGCCCAGUGUGCCCACACCUGCUUCCCGUCCCCGCGCGGCCCCAUUUGUGCUUGUGAGCGGGGCUUCGAGCUGAGGAGCAGCGGCCGGAGCUGUGAGGAUGUGGACGAGUGCCAGAGGCUGGGGGGUCGGCCCUGCAGUCAGACCUGCGUCAACACCCAGGGCUCCUACAGCUGCGCCUGUCGUCCUGGCUACUCGCUGGAGCCUGAUGGCCACACCUGUAAAGCAACAGGCCCUGAACCGAUCCUGCUUGUGGCAAUUCAGUUUAACCUGCUUCUCUACGGACUGAGGAGCUUGAAAGAAGAUAUUCUGGCAGCCACAGACAAGAACCUGAUUGUUUUCUCGAUUGACUAUGACUUACUGGAUCAGAAAGUCUUCUGGAUAGAGCUCGGUGCAGAAAGCAUUAAGUGGAUAAGCAUGGACACAAAGAAGAAAGGGACUGUAGUAAGAGGAAUAAAGCCGGACUGUAUAGUGGUUGACUGGAUUGGGAGGAAUCUCUACUGGACAGAUGGGACAGCUGGCCAGAUUUUGGCAAUUCAGUUGACUGCUAUUUGGAGAGGAAAACCUGAGUACACGAUUGUCCUGGAUGACGACUUGAAUCAACCACGGUCUUUGGCUUUAGAUCCCCUAAAUGGGUUAAUGUACUGGUCUGAAGUUGGAGGAGAACCUCGCAUAGAACAAGCUGGAAUGGACGGUAGCAGGAGGAAAGUACUCAUCAAUGAAGGUCUUGGCUGGCCAACUAGCUUAGUUAUUGACCAGUUGAGCUGGAAGAUAUUCUGGUCUGAUGGCAAAUUUCACUGUAUUGGCUCUGCCAAUCUAGAUGGUACUGGUAUUAGUAUGUUGCAGCUAACACAGAUCAAGAGCCCCUUUUCAGUUGCUGUACUGGAAGAUGAAGUCUUCUGGUCUGAAACAAAGACAAGAACAGUACAGCGUAUGAAGAAGAUGACAGGCAAGAACAGAGCUGUCCUCAUCAAGCGUAUUGAACAGCCUUAUGGACUGAAGAUAAUGCACCAAGUCCUACAGCCCAGGUCUUCUAAUCCUUGUCUGGACACUGGAUGCUCUCACCUGUGCCUUCUGAGCCCACGAUCCAAAGGAAGCUGUCAUUGCCCGGUCGGACUCCUGCUUGCAGAUGAUGACAUCAACUGUGUUCCCGUCAAGGAGUCUGCAUUUCUGUUCCUUGCGUUGCCCACGGUUAUCAUGCAGAUUUAUCUGAAGAAUCUAGAAGCUUUCCUAGGACAAGCAACUUUACCAGAGCAUAGGAUACUUCCCUUUACCAAUGUGAAGCAGCUGGCAUCCAUGGACUACCUUGUCCAGAAAAAGGCACUCUACCUGUCUGAGUUGGGUAAUGGUGAUAUCAGGCAACUGAGGCUCAAAGAAUCUGGAAAGCUCUCUUGGAAGAAAGUCGUAUCUGUGGAGGGAACAGUAAUCGACCUUGCUGUGGACUGGUUAAGUGGAAACACAUAUUGGAUUGACAGUGAGACUCCUCAUAUCAACGUGGCUUCGUCUAAAGGCCAAUAUUCCACUGUCUUGUUCAGCGAAAAUCUGUAUCACCCAACCUCUGUUGCGCUCUAUCCACCUACUGCAAUCAUGUGUUUUGUGGAUCUGGGUUCCCAGGAUGACGGUGAGCGUGGCUCCAGCAUCGACUGUGCCUUCAUGGAUGGCCGCAGGAGGAAGGUGCUGUGGCACAAAUCCCAGGUCCCGGUGGGUCUGACCUUUUCAGAUUCAGGGACCCGAGUAUACUGGGCAGAUAUUGGGAGAGGACUCAUAGAAAGUAUUCAACAAGAUGGUUCUAGAUACAGAGUAGACCGCAGAGGAAUUCAGGGCCUUAACUUCUUUACAUAUGGCCAAGGCAUAAUGUUUUGGACAACUAUUGAUGAUGCUCAAAUUACUAAAGUUUGGUAUAGCAAGACAGAACUUUCAGAAAACAGGUGGUUCCAAGUAGACCAGAAGAUUGUGGAUUUAAAAGUUUACAGUAAACUUUCUCAGCAGGGUAGUAACAGUUGCUCAAAAGACAAUGGAGGAUGUAGCCACAUUUGUUUACCAAACCCUGAAGGACAGACUUGUAAAUGUUCCAGUGGCUACUACUUGGCUGACACAAACAGAUGUAUUGAAGCUGUCCGGUGUUCUGUGCCGUCACAAUCCUGCAAGGAUGGUCAGAAGUGCAUUUCCACGGAGCAAGUGUGUGAUGGUCGUGCUGACUGUUUGGAUGCAUCUGAUGAAAUGGGCUGUACCUAUCCAGAUAAAACUCAUUCAACACCAAUACCUGAAAAGUUAAAGGCUGGAAAAAGGGUGAUUCCUAAUGCAGCCCAACCUCUCCAGGCUACCAAGCCCACCAAGACCAGAUCUCUGGGUCCAGAAGAGAUGAAUUAUCCUGUCAGAAAAACACUGAUCCCUCCAAUUCCUGAUAGAGAAAGCAAGCCAUCAGAAACCAAGGAAACAGAGAAGCCUGUUCAGCCCAAGGACUCACAGAGGGCAGAACAUCUGCCCUGUAGCAGUGAUUUCUGUAACGGGAAGGGAAUCUGCACAGUGGAAGGGGAGCUGAGGAAAUGCAGCUGUCAGAUGGAAUAUGGUGGAGAGUUCUGUGAAGAGGCCGUGCAUGGACCGGCCCCUGGCUACAUCGCCCUCAGCAUAACCAUCACCUUGCCAGUUGUUCUGGUAGUUCUGGGAGCAUUUGUGUAUUUCAGAAAAGAACAUGAACUAAAAAGAAAUAGUACAGCCUCGUCAAGAAACUUGACCAGCCGUGAAGAAAAUAACCAAGAAGAAGAGAAUCUAAUGAACAGUGAGACCUUUGUUAAUGAAGCCUAUGAUGAACAGGUAUGCCUGGAAGUGUCUUUGAACAGAUUUUUGAGAGACAGUUUCAGAAUGACCCUUCUGAAAAAUCCCAGCUGGGUGAAAGAUCUGAUUUGUUAA